GAGACCAGUCCUCCUGUCUCUCCAGGGGCAUUGUGGGAUAUCAGCCAGAGGAAUCCACCGAGCUUGACUGAAGGAAAUGGCAACCAACAUUGAACAGAUUUUUCGGGAUUUUGUGAUGAAUAAAAUAAAAGAAAUAGAAGAUGAAAGUCAGGAUAAGAGCCAUCCAGACAAGGUGGAAUCGAAUAACGGAGCUUCACACACUGAGCAAGAGACAGGAGCAAAUAAAGAAGCUGCUCAGGUUGAAGCUCUGAGCACAUCCACAGAUAAAGUCUCAAACGCUGCAUUCCAAGUCAACAGCGGCAAAGACGAGCUGAAUACUAAACACAAGAAAUCUAAAAAGCACAAAAAACACAAAAGCAAAAAGAAGAAGAAGAAACACAAGGAAGUAAAGGAGAGCAGCUCAGAGUCCGAGUCGGGCGGAGAGACACAAGAGAGUGUAAAGAAAAAGAAGAGAAAGAAAAAGAAGAAACAUAAACAUGGAGAAAAAGGAAAGAAGUAUGAUUCACAGUCUGGAAGCUCUUCUGAGUCUGAAUCUGAAUCAGAGUCUGAAAUGAAACCUUUGUGUGAAACUGUUAAAACUUUAACUGGCAAGAUGCCUCAAGAUUUACCUGAUAUUAUUCCUAAGCUCGAGACUGCUUCUGACAAACCCAGAGAAAGUAAAAAAGCUAAAAGGAGCUCCAGUCGCUCCAGGACAUCCCGGCAAGAUAAGAGUGUGCGACGGCAGCGCUCCCGCUCGAGCUCGGGCAAACAGAAAACAAGACAUGGAUCCAGAUCACGGUCACUGAGACGGUCUUCGAGAUCAAGGUCAAAAUCACUUUCUAGGAAAAGUCCAAGAAGACCGCCUACACAGAAAAGAUGGAGAAGCAGAUCCAGGUCAAGAUCCCAACGACGUAACCGCCGGUCCAGAUCUCAAUCUGCCCGGAGAGACAGACACUCGAGAUCCAGGUCACGGUCUUGGGAAAAUAGAUCAAGGUCUAAUGUAAAGAAGAGCAAGACAUCUCGAUCAAAAAGUAGGUCUAGAUCUCAGAGACGAGACAGGCGUUCGACAUCGAGUUCUCGCUCAAAAUCAAGAUCUUUUUCGAGCGAUCAGCUUCCUCAGAGUGAGAGACAAAAGAACAGUACAGGUGCAGAAAUAAAGUGUGAUGGGGAUCUAAGCAAAAAUCUAAAUGAAGCAGAAAAUGGAGACAAAGAAAAAAGUCAGACUGUGCCACUGAACCCCUCUGCCAGUAUUACUAAAGACGGCAUAAUAGAUGAUGGGCAGGUUACUCGAUCUGCUGGCUCCUGGAAACCCAUUCCUUUCUUGAAUGCAGGAGUGUCUGUUUCUGGCAUAUCGGAGUCAGACAAGUGCAUUACACCCACAAUGCCUCUGGAUACGAAAGACGUUUCAAUAUAUACCUCAGGUGGGUCCGGAGACCUCCAUGACACUGAAAAGAAAGAAGAAAUCACUAGUGCUGAACUGAAAGACUCCAAAAUCUUUAAACAGAAGUCCAUAUCACCAAACCAAAGGCACUCAAAAUCUCCUCCAAGAAAAAGAUCAACGUCCAGUUCUCCUGUCAAACGAAGGAAGUCCAGAUCAUCCUCCAGGAACAGCAGGAAGUCUCCCAUGCAACGGAAAAGAUCCAGGUCCAGAAAACGGACUAGACGCUCUAAAUCCAAGUCGCCCAAAAGGAAAAGGUCAAAAUCGCAUUCGCCAGGACGCCGGAGAAGGUCUAGGACCUCGGAGAGAAAGCGAUCAAAAUCUAGACACAGGUCUCGCUCUAAAUCCAGAAGGUCUAGGUCUGGUUCACGGCGGAAAAGAGGCGUUUUCAGGACCCGAAUGUUUAGUCAGCGGGAUCGGUGGAAACGAGAGCCGAGCCAUUCUCCUGUCGUCAUCCUGCGCAAGAAAAGAUCGACCUCCAGAACACGCCGUAGCACCAGCAAGACACCUCCACGCCUUACUGAGCUCGAUAAAGAACAGUUGCUUGAAAUUGCCAAAGCUAAUGCUGCAGCUAUGUGUGCUAAAGCUGGUAUGCCAAUUCCUGAGAGUCUGAGGCCAAAAACCAUCCUUCAGCUUCCCUUGCCAAACCCAAAUCCCACACCAUUGCCCUUACCCCUGCCCCUACCGGUUAAUCUCCCUAUGGGAAUGCAAGGAAUGUCAAACAUGACCAUGAACGCUGCUGUGGCUAGCAUGACUGCUGCCACCAUGACCGCAGCUCUAUCUGGCAUGAACGCACUUGCUGCCAUGCCACAGCUGGCCCCGUUGCCCACCAUAACCAAUAAGCCUCCACCCUCAGCCGCACCGAAUCUGAAUCUGGUCACUAUCGAGGAAGCGAAAAAAAAAUUGGCUAAGCAAGCGAACAGCUACAGCAUCAAGGAGCUCACAGAAAAAUGCAAAAAGAUUGCGGAGAGUAAAGAGGAGAUGGCUGUUGCAAAGCCACAUGUUUCAGAUGAUGAGGAUGACGACAGGCCCUUUGGAGCAGUUGCCCUUAAGGAGAAUAAGGGCAUUACAUUCAGUCUCAGUAACCCCUCUGUGAAGCCAGCGGUAAGGUCCGAGGCUGCGUUUGCCAAGGAGUUCCCGGUGUCUUCAGGUUCACAGCAUCGCAAAAAGGAAGAAGAUGGAAUGUAUGGAGAAUGGAUGCCUGUGGACAAAAAGACUGAUAAAGCAGGGACUCCAUCAGCAUCUGCUGGGGCUGAGGAUCAGAGUAAAGCCAGCGACAGUGUCUUCCCCGAGGCGCCCUCGCAGCCAGUGGACAUCACACUUGCAAUUAGUGAAAGGGCAGUGGCACAGAAGAGACUGGCAGAGAAUCCAUUCGACAUCAAUGCCAUGUGCAUGCUUAAUCGUGCACAGGAGCAGGUGGAUGCUUGGGCCCAGUCCAACACAAUCCCAGGUCUAUUCACCGGUUCUACAGGUGCUCAAGUGCUCUCAUCUGAAGAGCUGUCCAACAGUGGCCCACAGGCUUGGAUCAAGAAGUAUUGUAGAUUAUACAGCCACCAUUGCUGCCCCGGCACACUUGGGAAACAUUUUAUACCUUUUCCAUUGACACACUGCCAGCUCUGGAACCAGGGCAGUUGCUGCUUCAAUACCCAACUCUAACGUGCAUUGCAAGAGGGGCAUCACACCUCACUGAUUGACUAUAGACUACUUAGUAAGUUUUCUUUGAAAGAUGGGAGGAAGGAAGAGCACCUGAAGUAAGUCACCUGGAGUAACCCUGUUAAAUGAGAUUGAGAACUCAAAGCUGAUUAUAUGAAAAGUAAAGGAGUGAACUUCCCGUAAUAAAGGACACUAGUCUACCAGGAAAUCCUGGUAAGAGGAUCAUAAUGUACUUUAGCACCUUGAACCAACACACAUGAACUUAUACAGUGACCAAGAAGCUAAAUCUUAAUCUGAAAUAGGUGAAUCUCCUCAUAUUUUCCCCAAAAGCUCCUCACUGCUUCCCCCAGGUUCUGAAUGAAAACUACUUAUUUGUUAAAGCUAAGAACCUAUACCAGGAAAAAAUACAGUGUGUGUCAGAAAUCAAUUUACGAUUACUUCACUAAAUCUAUUUUGUUUUAGAAACUGAUUUCAUCCAGGUGUGUACACAAUUAACCUUCCCUGUCAGUGCCAUAGCAUUUACACACCCAGAGAGAAAGAUGAAGGAUUUGGGAUUUGAACCAGAAAGUUCCUAUGAACAUGUAUGUACAUAUGCUUAAAUGCUAUAGAAAGCAAUACUGCAUAUGACUAAUUCAUUUGUAAGGGGGAUCUGCAAAAAAAAAUGUGUUUAAGGAGGUGACCUUUAAUCCAACUGGACAAAAUGUUUUCUACUUACGCUGACAAUGACCAUCAUGUAAAGGUUUUUAUUCUUUUUCUUUUUCCUAUUUUCUUGUUUUGGUUAAGAUGCAUUUUAUGUAGCGUUUAUCAAUCAUUGUCAGUUUCUCAGUUUCUGGGUUCAAGGAUUUUCACAAGGUGUUUUCACUAUUUAUUAUUUUUCCCUGCUGGCGGGGUUUGGGGCGGGGGGGUGGGUUGGGGGCAGGGGCGGAAGAGGGGUGGGGGUUCACAGUGUGCCCUGUGAACUCUCACCACUCUAUAUGGAAACUUGUUGCAGGGUCAGUCCUUGUAGCUGCCUUGUUGCCAUGGUCACUGUCAGGCCCCUUCUAUUCACGUCAGAUGCACAGCCGAUGAUGAGGGCCUAGGUACGUACGUCAUCAUACAGCACCCAUAUUUUCAUUCAUGUGGAUUUGUCUCCACUCUAAUGAAAACGUUUCUGCCAUGCCUGUAUGUGUUUCAACUGAACUGGUGGGGUGGUAAGGUUGGUUUUGAUUCCUCUGUCACAGGAAACAAUGACAUUCUUUAUAUAUUUAAAUGAUUUUUGUAGCAUGCUAAUUGUAGUCUCUUGUUAGCUAUGCUUAUACAACUAGAACCUGGAAAGAUAAAAAGUGCACAUUAAAGUAUUGCUUUGAAAAUGCUGCUUUUUUCAUAUUCUUAAAAUAGGUAAUCUAGAUAGAAGCUUUUUUAUUAUUUGAGAUUGUGCUUAUAUCUUUAGGUAACGCCACGGAGCCAGAAGAUAGCUAGUACUGUUGAGAGGUCCUUAGUUUAUGUACAGCACAAGUCCAUAUGUUUGUGACCUCUUACUAUUUCCUUUGUGCUUCUUUUUCUCCCUGUCUCCUCUCUCUCUCUCUCUCUCUCUCUCUCUCUUUCUCUCUCUCUCUCUCUCUCUCUCUCUCCCCCCCCCCAUAUCUCUCUCCACUCCUUCCCUCCGUCUUCUGCCCAUAUCUGUAUUCUU